AUGAGAGACCACUGCCCUGUUCCACCGGGUCCUUUUUGGCAUGACGGCUACAAAAUUCUUGUUAACCAUUGCCUUCUUAUGCUUUUUGCUUUCUUUCUUAAACAAAUUUCUCUUUCUUUAAAUUCCGUUGUUUCUCUUCUUUUUCUUCUUUCUUUUAAUCUCCAUUCUCUUUCUCUCUCUUUUUCUUACCUUCUUUUUUUUCUUUUACUUACAUACUUUUCCUUACUGAUCAUUUCUUUUUCUUUCUGCAUUUGCCAUUCAUUUUUACUCUUCUGCUUCCAAAUGUUUCUCUUUCUUUAUGUGUCACUUCUUGCUUUUUUUCCCCUCACUUUGUUUCUAAUGAUUUUUCUAUUUCAUUCUCUUUCUCCUUCUCUUACCUUUCUUUUUCUCUCUCCUUUUUACACUCAUCUUUGUCUUCUUUUUUCCCUUCUCUCCUUCAUCUUUCCUUUCCUCUUUUCCUUUAUUCCUCUUUGUUCCUUUCUCUCCCCCUCUUUCCUCUUAUAUUAUGUUUCCAUCCCUUUCCUUCCUCUCAUAAUUCUCUCUUUCAUUUAUUCUUUCCUUUUCUCAAUGGCUCUCUUUCCUACUUUCUCUCCUACCUAUCUUUUUUUCUUACUCUCUCCUUAUCUCUUUCCCUCCACAGUUGACAAUCAUCUUUUAUGCACAAGUAUCCAAAAUAAAUGUUCAAAAAUUAAAUUAAAAUUAUCUAUCUAUCUAUCUAUCUAUCUAUCUAUCUAUCUAUCUAAAGACAAUGGAAACAAAAAAAAAAUUAUGCUUAAUGUUUCUAUCUAUCUAUCUAUCUAUCUAUCUAUCUAUCUAUCACAGUCUCUUCAAUAUCUAUCUAUCUAUCUAUCUAUCUAUCUAGGUUUAUUUAUAUCUAUUUAUCUAUCUUGA